UGCCUCUACCUCCCCGGCCCCUCGCUUGGGUCCUCGGCUCUCGCCUCCCGCCUCCCGCCUCCUCUCCGGCGCUGCCUGCCCUAACCCCAACCACCUGUGCACCCAAGAAAUCCAACUCCUCCGGCUCCGCGCCCCGGGAGGGUAGGCAGGGGGCAGGGCCACGCCGCAGAGGGGGCCGCCGCCGCCUCCUGCCUCCUCCUCGUCUCCUCCCCCUCCCCCGUCUGACGCUGCCUACUCGGGAAGGGUGUUUGGAGGGCAGCGGCCGCCCCAAGCCGGAGCCCCGCAGCGCUUCUUAUGAUCAGCUCGGUGUGUGUCUCCUCCUACCGCGGGCGCAAGUCGGGGAACAAGCCUCCGUCCAAAACAUGUCUGAAGGAAGAAAUGGCCAAGGGCGAGGCGUCGGAGAAGAUCAUCAUCAACGUGGGCGGCACGCGACAUGAGACCUACCGCAGCACCCUGCGCACCCUGCCGGGCACUCGCCUCGCCUGGCUGGCCGACCCCGACGGCGGGGGCCGGCCGGAGACCGAUGGCGGCGGAGCGGGUAGCAGCGGCAGCAGCGGCGGCGGGGGCUGUGAGUUCUUCUUCGACAGGCACCCGGGUGUGUUCGCCUACGUGCUCAACUACUACCGCACUGGCAAGCUGCACUGCCCCGCCGACGUGUGCGGGCCGCUCUUCGAGGAGGAGCUCACCUUCUGGGGCAUCGACGAGACCGACGUGGAGCCCUGCUGCUGGAUGACCUACCGGCAGCACCGGGACGCCGAGGAGGCACUUGACAUCUUCGAGAGCCCUGACGGAGGCGGCGGCGGCCCAGGGCCCAGCGACGAGGCUGGCGACGAUGAGAGGGAGCUGGCCCUGCAGCGCCUGGGCCCCCACGAGGGCGGUGCGGGCUCGGGCGCCGGGUCUGGGGGCUGCAGAGGCUGGCAACCCCGCAUGUGGGCGCUCUUCGAGGAUCCCUACUCCUCUCGGGCAGCCAGGGUGGUGGCCUUCGCCUCUCUCUUCUUCAUCCUGGUCUCCAUCACCACCUUCUGCCUGGAGACCCAUGAGGCCUUCAACAUCGACCGCAACGUGACAGAGAUCCACCGAGUGGGGAACAUUACCAGCGUGCGCUUCCGGCGGGAGGUGGAAACAGAGCCCAUCCUGACCUACAUCGAGGGCGUGUGUGUGCUGUGGUUCACGCUGGAGUUCCUGGUGCGCAUCGUGUGCUGCCCCGACACGCUGGACUUCGUCAAGAACCUGCUCAACAUCAUCGACUUUGUGGCCAUCCUGCCCUUCUACCUGGAGGUGGGACUGAGCGGCCUGUCAUCCAAGGCAGCCCGCGACGUGCUGGGCUUCCUGCGCGUGGUGCGCUUUGUGCGCAUCCUGCGCAUCUUCAAGCUCACCCGCCACUUCGUGGGGCUGCGUGUGCUAGGCCACACCCUGCGGGCCAGCACCAACGAGUUCCUGCUGCUCAUCAUCUUCCUGGCCCUGGGCGUGCUCAUCUUCGCCACCAUGAUCUACUAUGCUGAGCGCAUUGGGGCCAGGCCCUCCGACCCCCGGGGCAAUGACCACACCGACUUCAAGAACAUCCCCAUCGGCUUCUGGUGGGCCGUGGUCACCAUGACGACGCUGGGCUAUGGGGACAUGUACCCCAAGACGUGGUCAGGCAUGCUGGUGGGGGCGCUGUGUGCUCUGGCAGGCGUGCUCACUAUUGCCAUGCCGGUGCCCGUCAUUGUCAACAAUUUCGGCAUGUACUACUCCCUGGCCAUGGCCAAGCAGAAGCUGCCCAAGAAACGGAAGAAGCACGUGCCACGGCCAGCCCAGCUUGAGUCACCUAUGUACUGCAAGUCUGAGGAGACCUCGCCCCGGGACAGCACCUACAGUGAUACCAGCCCCCCGGCCCGGGAAGAGGGUGUGGUCGAGAGGAAACGGGCAGACUCUAAGCAGAAUGGCGAUGCCAAUGCAGUGCUGUCUGACGAGGAGGGAGGUGGCCUAACCCAGCCUCUGGCCUCUGCCCCUACCCCCGAGGAGCGCCGGGCCCUGCGACGCUCUGCCACUCGAGACAGAAACAAGAAGGCGGCUGCCUGCUUCCUGCUCAGCGCUGGGGACUAUGCUUGUGCUGAUGGUAGUGUCCGGAAAGGCACAUUCGUCCUCCGUGACCUUCCCCUUCAGCAUUCACCUGAGGCUGCAUGCCCUCCAGCUGCUGGGACUCUGUUCCUGCCACAGUGAGGAAGGGGGCUGGGCACGACAUGGCACCAUACUCAGGAGCCUACUUCACCAGCUCCUUGGGACAAUGGAACAUCCCAGGGUGGUAAUGGCAGAUGGAGCUAUUUGGGGGAGAGCUCAAGCUGGACAGGCACCAGCUGGGGUGAUGGCCGAUGAGCCACAGGCCACAUCAGGAACUUUCCCCACUGCCUCCAUGCCAGGCUACAGGGCUGUGGUCCCUCUCUCCACUGCACUGGAGCUUUGAAGACCUGAGAGGCUAGUGGUUCCUGGAGCUAGAGGUUACCUGAACAGGUAUGGAGAUGAGCUGCAACAUCACCCAAGUCAUCUCAGCCCAGAGUUGGGUUGGCAGAGGGGUGAUGAAGGGCUCACCCCAUUCCCUGACCCAUCCCUGCUCUUCCUGGCCUCUUAGCCCUGGGUUCCUCAUGCCUUCCAGCUCUGCUCCUGGCCUGCUCCUUAGCCCACAGCCUGUGGGGCAGCAGCUGGCUUCCUUCUAACAUCUCAUUCUUUGUUUCUACCUUUCCUUUGCUGAACUCCCUGCCCCCGCUCCAGAAGGCAAUGUUGAGCCGAAAGUGUGCGUCCCAGUGUCUCACACCUGUGCUCUUUAAACACAGAGACCUGCCAAGACGCCCUCUCGUCCAACUAUGCCCAGGCUGAAGUCCUCACCCUCUCUUAAAGCGGCACCAACGUGAGAGAGACAGGCAGACAGACAGAAAGCCAGAGGCUUAGGGAAACUCUGGAACCCAGGCAAGAAUCUUUCGCUGGGAAAGACUCAGAUAUCCUUGUUUGCACAGGACUGGUGGAAAACCUCCCAUGCAACCCUCGGGGCCUGGAGCCAUCUGGGUCUGAUGUUCUACUGUACAUUGAAGAGAUAUAUAUGCACAUAUAGUAUCUAUAUUCAUACAUACUAUACCCUUGUGUGUAGUGCA